CCGUUCAAAUUUCCCGAAGAAAAUCAAAGGGGAAUAAAAGAAAAGAAAAGAAAGAAGGCGCACAGAUUGCAGAUGGCCUAAUCCAUUUUGAAGUAACUGUUUAUUCUCUGCAAGCACAAAAAUGGCAGCUUCCUCUCUGUCAGGAAGCUGGGUCUCUUCCCUUCCAAAACAGUUAUACAUGCCGAAUUCGCCAUCUAUCAGUCGUUCUAAUGCAAUUCCUACAUCUACUGUAAAGGCGCAUUCAAAAGAAAUGCAUUUAAAUGAAAAAGGUUUUAUUGGAAGAAGGUCGGCAUUGUCUGGAAUAGGGGCGUUGACGGCAAGUAUAUUCUCCGGAAGCUUUGCUUUGGCUGAAGAAAUACCAGAGAACUUCAAAGCUUUUGUCGAUUUUCCAGAUGGGUACACCUAUUAUUAUCCCUCAGAUUGGAGGGACUUUGAUUUUCGGGGCCAUGAUUCGGCAUUUAAAGAUCGCACUCUACCGUUACAAAAUGUUAGAGUCAGUUUCAAACCAACCGAUAAAAGUGACAUCCGAGAUUUGGGUCCAAUGGAUGAGGUCAUUUUCAGCCUGGUGAAGAACAUUUUUGCUGCGCCAACUCAAAGACCAACCAUAUUUGAUAUCCAGGAGCGGACCACUAAUGGGAAGAACUACUGGACUUUUGAGUAUGAGCUUGCAUCGCCGAACUUUUCUCGUAGCGCCUUUGCAACCAUAGCAAUCGGCAAUGGGAGAUAUUAUACACUGAUCGUGGGAGCAAACGAAAGACGAUGGAGCAGGCUGCGGAAAAAGCUUAAAGUGGUCGCCGACUCUUUCAAACUACUGGACAUCUGAAGAUAAAUUUUCAGUCCAAAAGUUAGUUGUAUUGCCGAUUGAUUUUACCGAUUCAAUAUUCAAUAUUCGCUAAAGAAAAUUGUUAUCUAUGUUUCUUGUAUAUACACAACCAUAAAGAUCCAUAUUUUCUUUUGCUUCUGUGGAAAUUAAGGACACGAAUGGAUGGGUCUGUCACA